UCUUAAGGCUUUUCAGCACUUACUACAUUGAUUUGAUAGUAGAUGCUUAAACACAGAGGUUUCUAUUUUAGGAUAUGCACACAAAACAUAUUACAUAGUUGAUUGUCAUUGAUAAGGGUAUCAGGGCAAAACAAAGUUUGGCAGUACGUUAUUGCCAAAAAUAGACAAUGUUUUUAAACCCAGACCUUAUUAAAUGUUCUCCCCCUUCAAUCAUUACUCUUACGCUGCAACGUCUCACUAGACUUAAAUACAGUUCAAAAGGUUAAUCAUUUAGGCCUUCAAAAGUAAUUAUGAAGAGCAUGAAGCUAAACAGCAGUCAGACUUGUUCCAGCAAUAACAAGAGGUCCACAGAAAAUGCUCUGUCAAAUUUUUUGGCUACAUGCUCAACAGAAGCAGGAAGAUUUGGAAAAGAAAAACAUACAGGGGCCCGUUGCACCAAAUUCGCAAAAUGCAAGCUAUCUGCAACAUGAGAUCGCUUUCUCUUGUGUUCAUUUUGACACAUUACACUCAUCAAAACGAAUGUCAUACUUGCAACCCAUGAAACCCAAAUUUAUCUGAAAUUUCUCAGCGAAAAUCGUUGUGAAAUGUGGCGAUUGCAGUAUUUGCAAUCUGUGUAAACAGUGCUUUCAAAUCACUUUCGGGAAACAGGCACCAGUCUAAAAUGAAGCAGUUUAGUUUACGUAGUAUAAAGACACGUCUGAAAAUGAUGUAGGAUGGUUUUGAAAAUAAUAUUUAUAAUGGUUUUGAGGGCCUCACUGAUUGCGCCAGUAGACUGGGCUCAAACCCAGUGAGAAGCCAUAGAAUGUAAUGUACCGUAAAGCUGAAUCCAUUGGUGAUGUUGUAAAAUUCAUGCUCAAAAAUGAUAGAAAACAAGAGUUUCAGUGAGCAAGCUCACUCCUGAAGUAUGGCGUCAGCAACAGCUACCACAUAUCUAAUCACUCAUCCGUUGGCUUGUCACUUGAUGCCCACAGCAGCUGGACUAUGGUCAUUACCAUCUGACUGACCAGCAGACAAAGUUAUCUGUGAGCUUUGGCCUUAUUGUAAGACGUGGGGGUGGGUUUUAGCCAUAUAUGGUUGUGUGUGUGUUUCCUCUGUGGAUUUUCCCUGAAGUGUCACAGCUGACUGAAGAACUACUCUGUGCCUCUUAACAUACGUAGGUCAGGUUCAGCAGCGAGGGAGGGACUCUGGGUUUGGGUCUGACAGCAGAGGCGUGUGUGUGCUUCUGGCCAAUUACAGCCCUGAUAAUAGAAGGUUGAGUCAUUAAAUAUGAAUGCGACUGCCAUCCCUGUUUGGAACUUUACAGCUUGGUAAUGAUCCCUUACUGGAAAGUGAAAUUCAAGCCAAGCCAUAAACAGCCCCCAGGCCACAGUGAGCACUUUGCCACAUGGACGGACAGGCACAAAGACAUCACGUUCACAUCAUACACUGACGCCCAACCAAGAUUGGACUCAAAACUAUGCUUCACUGUAAAAGUACUCAAACACUGCCAUCUGUAGGGACUCACUUUCUCUUCGUAUAAUUAAAAAGUGGCAUCAGAGAAUGAUUUUUUUCCCCCUCUGUUGACAGCCUAUCUCAAAUAAAGCCGAGAGGUUCGACUAUGUGAUGGAGUUCUUGAAAAGCAUGGCUGGUACAGAGUAUGUGGGCUUCAGCAAUGCAACUUUCCAGUCAGAGAGGGAGACCGGUGAUAGGAAUUAUGCAAUUGGUUAUUAUCUCAAAGAGAAAAAGUGCUUUCCUGACAAUGCAGAUAUGAUGGCGGCCCUUGACUUCUACUUUCAGUUGUGCUCCAUUGAGGUGACCUGUGAGUCAGGAAGCGUCAUGGCUGCCACACUGGCCAAUGGCGGUAUUUGUCCAAUCACAGGCGAGCGUGUGCUGAGCGCCGAAGCAGUUCGCAACACCCUGAGUCUCAUGCAUUCCUGUGGCAUGUACGACUUCUCCGGACAGUUUGCUUUCCAUGUGGGCUUGCCUGCUAAAUCUGGUGUUUCAGGUGCUGUACUGCUGGUGGUUCCCAACGUCAUGGGUAUGAUGUGUUGGUCCCCACCGUUAGAUCGGCUUGGAAACAGCGUUCGAGGCAUUCAUUUCUGUCAGGAUCUGGUGUCACACUUCAACUUCCACAAUUACGACAACCUGAGACAUUUCACUAAGAAACAUGACCCAAGAAGAAGAUCGGAUGAUGAUCCAAACAAGUCAGUGGUGAACCUGAUGUUUGCAGCAUACAGUGGUGACGUCUCUGCACUGAGGAGGUUUGCCCUUUCAGCUGUGAACAUGGAGCAGAGAGAUUACGACUCUCGCACAGCGCUCCACAUUGCUACAGCUGAAGGUCACGAGGAAGCUGUAAUCUUCCUGACUGAAAUAUGCAAAGUGAAUCCCCACAUGAAAGACAGAUGGGGGAACACACCCUUAGAUGACGCCAUGCAGUUUGGCCAUAAUGUUAUUGUUUCAGUCCUGCAAGAGUACCAGCGCGUGUACAGUGACAGCGACUCACCAUGCGACACAGAGGAGCAGAAGACCACGCUGGAUUCGUUGAAGAGCAUUGUUUAAACCACAAGGGAUCAUAAGGGUUUGCACUGGAAAUCAGUUAAUUUUAUUCUGCACCUGAGAGGGUUGAAAGGACACCGCAUGAUUGAGAGAGGUGAUGAAUGAGUGAGUUUAUCUUCUAUAGACUGUUGAAAAGUUGUACAGUUGUACAGAUUAAAUUCCUUUUUAGUGCAUUUCUGCACACUGGAGGUUUGGUCAACAAUAUAAUGUAUGAAUAAAACAGUAUAUAAACAGGCAAUGUGUUGCUGCUGUGGAAAAAAAUAAUAUUAAUUUACUCCAUGAUUUGGCUUGUUGCAAUAUUAAUGAACUGGUUUUUUUGCUUAGCUUCUGAGAUGUAAAUAUCAAAUAUAUUUUGCUUAUUUAUUUUUAAAAUAUUUGAAUAUAUUUUGCUUCAUCAUUAAGUUAUUUAAUCAAGGGAUUUUAUGCCCCCUGUAUAAUAACUGUAAAUAUUCCUCAAACUGCUUUGUUAAUUAUUCUACCUCAACAGGAGGUGAUUCAUUUGCAUUUGUGCCUUAACACUGGAAGGACUGUUUUCUUUGUAGUUGAUGCGAGUUCAUUGCAGCUCAUAGGCCAGUUUAUUCACUGCUGAUACGUUGUGGUGGUCACGCAGGUUUGUUUUUUUUUUGGGGGGGGGGGGUUUGGAGGAACUACUCUUGCUUCAUUAGUGUGAGGUCUUCUUAAUUGGUUACAUGUGUCACAGAAACAUCUGCACGUCUCAGGCGCUGAGAACAAUGCACAUUUAGUUAACGCUAGCACAAAAUAUAUAAUUAAAUUAUAAUUACUGCAAAUGACUUUUGCGAACUAGACACAGUCAUGUUUGAAGUGAUAAAUUUAUAUUACUGUUGAAUCCUCUGAAAUUAAUGCAUUUUAUUCACUGUUUUAUUUAAUUUAAAGUCUGGCAAAGAAAUGAUUCCUCAGCAUGAGUUUAGCUUUUGUCUGUCACUGUAAAUAUGUAUCUUCCUGCUGUAUAUAAAAAGGAUUGUGAAAGCACUUUCAGUGAUGUUAUUUUAUUAAAACAAUAUAAACAUGAGACUGAAAAAGGUUUUGUGCAGAUUUAAGCUUUGUCAGUAAUGCCAGAACACAA